AUGUAUAUAGUAUUUACUGCACUACUGCCACUACUGCAGCAUAUUAUAUUAUAUUAUGUCUCCGCUAUAAUAUGUACUGCGCUUAAUUCGUUUUAGUAUAUUAAAAUUGUAUUAUUUGUGUGUUACAUUCAGUUGUAUAUCUAUUAUAAAACGUUGUACUCAUAUUAUAUAAUAUACUUACUAACAAAAAAUGGCAGAUCCAACGGAAAACAUUUGCCCCACUAUAAGCGAGGAUCAGGUUAAGAACAUUUUGAAAAACGAUUACGGUUUUAUCAAUGGAAAAAUCCAAGAAUUAGAUGGUUACGAUGAUAAAAACUAUCACAUUACAGAUGUUGAAAAAUGCAUUGAAAAAAUUGAAUUUCCAACUGACGGAAUAGUCAUAAAAUUCAUAAAUUCAAUAGACUCGACAAAUUGUUUACUUCUAGAUGCACAAACCAAACUUACUCAACAUCUUGAACACUCUGGAAUAUACUGUCCAAUACCUGUGUUCAAUAAAUAUGGUGAAAGUUAUCGGUCUAUCAUCCUAAAUAAUAAGACACAUGCAGUCAGAGUCUACAAAUAUGUUAAAGGAGAAACUAUGGAUAAAAUUAAAAUCAAUUCUGAAAUAUCUUCCAAUUUUGGUUUUUAUGUUGGUCAUUUAACAUCAAUUUUAAAGAAAUUUGAUCAUGAUGGAUUCCAUCGAAGUCAUUUUUGGGCUUUAGAAAAAUGUCCUGAAGUUCUAAAAUUUCUAGACGUUUUUGAUCAAGAGAAACAGCGACAAACAAUUGCCACAAUAAUAAAUAAAUUUCAGUCUGAUGUUUUGUUAAAAACAGAUAAUCUUGAAAAAAGUGUUAUUCAUGAAGACCUUAAUAUGAAUAAUAUAAUCAUAAAAGACAACGAAAUAAUUGGCAUUAUAGAUGUUGGUGAUGUUGUCUAUUCAUUCACAAUUUUUGAUUUUGCUGUUGCUUUAUGUUACCUAAUUAUGCACGAAUUUAAAAAUGAUAAUGCUAAGUUAUCUAAUGUACAUAUUAAGAGUUUUGUUGAAGCUUAUGAAAAACAGUAUAGGAAUUUAAAUGAUUUUGAAAUCUCAAUAAUACAUACUUGCGUAUGUGCCAGAAUUUGUCAAAGUUUAGUUUUGGGUAAAAAAUCAAGUCUGAGGGAUUUGUCAAAUAAUUACAUACUAUCUACACAGAAGAAAGGAUGGAGAGCAUUAGAAGAAUUAAUUAAAAUUGAAGCAGACAAAUUUAUUCUGUUACUGAAACAGUAGUUCAAGAAAUUAAAUUUUUAAUAAUUUUUACCAUCAUUAUUGAAUUUAGUUUUACAUUAAGUGUGCAAAAUUACUAUAGGUACUACUACUUAUUUUGAUAAAUAGCAUACGAGUAGUAAUCAAUAUAUUGUAACUGAAUAUAUUACCUAUACUUGUUAAGUGUAUACAGCAUUCAACAGUGAUAUUUAGAAAGAAAUUUAUACUAUAUAAAUAAUCUAAAGCAUGCAAAAUGAAUGUGAAAAGAAGUAUGAAUAUAAAUACUUUAAACGUAUACAAUUUUUUUUUUAUAUUAUUUAAUUGAACCCUUGGCAGCAAAGGCUAUUGGGAUUUACAAACAAUAUUUAGACAUAAUAUGCAAUAAAAGUUUAAAUCGUGUACAAUAA